AUGGACGAGGUCGAGAGUUUAUUCUCCCGAUGCGACUCCGAAUCCAAAGGAUAUCUGACUAUGGAGGAUCUGAAGAAAGUGUGUCCGCAACUUGAGAAUGAUGUAAGUUCAAGUUUAAAAAGUUUUUUUUUUCGAUAAUUACCGACAUAUCUCAGGAUGUCCAAUUCAUCUUCAACAUGUUGGAUUCUGACGGUUCUGGAAAGAUCGAGAAGAAAGAGUUUCUUCAAGGAUUUCAAGAAGCGGUCAAGCAAGGGGAGAAUAAUGGUUAGUUUUUUAUAUUUUUGAUCACCGUUUUGUAGGCAGGGAGUUUGCUUCUCGAACCUUAAUUGACACUUUCACCUUUUUUUCUGAAUUUUUUAAUUGAAAUUCUUUCGAAUUCUCAUAUUCUUCAACAGAGCGCAAGUGCAGAGUUCAAGAAGCGAGCUGGUUUCUCUCUCGGGGAUGUAGUCAAAUUUUUAUUGUCCAUCGUUACGAUCCCCUUCCCGACAGUUACACAUCGCCCAAAUGUUCGCUUUCCCAUAACGCUAUUUGCCCCCGCAUUCCCUCGUGAUUCCUCUCCCAAUUUUUUCAUAUUUUCCCAUCCUUGUUUUAUACUCAAUUUUAUUAUUUUCAGGGUUGAACGGAAUGGGACGUCGAGCCUCGGUUGCUUACGAAGAUCCUCCUGUAUUCCGACGCGACGAGCAGGUCUUCGAUAGCGAGAGCGAUUCCUCCCGUCCGACCAUCCGUUUAUUUGAAGAAGAGCACUACCACUCCGAGUCGGACAGCAACGUCAUCGACUUCAGUGUUCCCUGGUACUCCGAAAAGACGUUUGAAUGACCCAAUGUUUCUUUAAUUCCAGCCAGGAGGAAGUGCUGACGUUGUACGGGCAGUUGCAGACGUGUGGAGUGCCGGUUCUUCUUCACAAGUUUGAGCGGAUCGUCGGAUCGUUUCACAAAGAGCUCUCGGAGAAGAAGUACGAAAACGAACGACUCCAGAAAAUACACGCAAGGUGAGCAGAUCUAAAGAAACCGGAGCCUAUUCUCUUGCAGUGAUCGCGAGAUGUACAAUCGCCGCAUGGAAGAACUGGAAAGCGAAGUCGAUCAGCAGUUGGAAAUGACAGAAGCGAAAGCCAGACAGGAAGUAGGGUUCUUGAAAAAGUACCUGAAACAAUAUAGUUUUUGUCAGGAAAGAGAGCGAUUGAACAAAGAAAAGGAAGAAAUGAGAUCGCAGAUGACCGAAGAAAUGCAGGAGAUGAGAAGACACAUCGACCGGCUGCAGAAGAUGGAGAAGAUCCUGGAGCUUCAGACCGGCAGACAAAAUCAUCAGAAAGAGCUGUCCGAGCAACUGAAGAUUGUGAACGAGGAAAACUCGGAUCUGCGUCAGAACCUGGCUGAAAAUCAUCUUGAACUUGCGAUGAUCAGAAGCGAGCUAGCGACUGUCAGAUCUGACUUUGAUCAGAAGAUGGGAGAAUUGGUUGCGAGGAAAAGUGAGGAACGACUUGAGCUCGCCUCUCAGAAUUUCAGCCUUUUCAGAUCAAGUUUAUCUGGCCUCCGAGGAAAACGAAUCUGCUAAGAAGCAGAUUCUCCUGCUUUUGUGAGUUGUAUCAAGAAAGCAAAGUCAUUGGUAUCAUUUCAGUGAGGCCAAUCGUAAAUUGCAUGAGACGAACGAGAGCCUUCGUGGUACUCUUGACAACCGCACCACCCUUUUCCGAGAGUACAACUUGGUAUUACGCAGUUAUUCACAUUUGACGAUUGUCAUCUUUUUUCAGAGAACUCCGUCGCCGUCUAUGCUUGCGUCCAACCGCAAUUCUGUGGAGAAUUUCCAGACUACCGGUGUGUUCAGCUCAGUUCCCCUUCACGUUCCCAACGACGAUACUACCCCGAGUAUGAACUGCAAGACAGUCGAACUCAUAGAUUAUAGCCCUUCUUUCAGUUCCCGAGACAUCUCUGAUUCUGGAUGACGCUCACAGUCUCCAAGGAAUGGAAAUUGACACGGAUCUCGUGGUAGCCUGACAUUCUCAGCUUCUCGAUUCAACAUACGUUUUUAGGGACUGAAUGAGGCUAACGGACCACCCGAGAGAACAUUCCGCAUCGUGAUGUGUGGCGAUGCAGCGGUCGGAAAGAGCAGCUUCGUGAUGCGUGUGAUUCGCAAGCAGUUCACCAGCCAACUGCCCAGCACUCUCGGUGUUGACUUCCAUGUCAAGACGGUCAACGUGGACGGACGCAACGUGGCACUGCAGUUGUGGGAUACCGCUGGCCAAGAGCGUUUCCGUUCUCUCUGUAAAUCAUAUUUCCGCCGUGCCGAUGGAGCCAUUCUCUGCUACGAUGUCUGCGCCGAGCACUCGUUCCUUCGCGUUCGUGAUUGGAUUGAGACUAUCAAGGAAUCGACGGAGAGAAGCAUUCCUAUCAUUCUCGUCGGAAACAAAGUUGACAUGCGCCACCAAACUCCCGGAGCGGUGACGAAAUCGGAUGGUGCCAGCAUGGCAGCGGUAUGCCCUUUCACCGUCACUGAACUUUGUUUUGCUAAUACCUUUCAGGCUAUGGGCGUGCUAUUUAUGGAAACGAGUGCAUUGGAUGGAAGCAACAUUGAUAACGCAAUGCUCGCGUUGACCAGGUAAUAAUCGUCAUCUCAUGGCGCUUCCAACUCGGUUUUUUUCCAGAGAACUGAUGGCAGUCGAGGAUGUUGAACUUCGCUCCACUGGAGUGGUCUUGAAUCCCAAUGGAGCCAAGAAAGGAGGCUGCUUCUCCAAGUGCCGCGGAAAUUAA